AUGAAGGAUACAGAAACACGUGACCGAUUCGCCAAGGAACGAAACGUUCUCUGCUUUGAGAUGGAGGCGGCAGGCUUAAUGGAUCGAAUUCCAUGCUUAGUGAUCCGUGGAGUUUGUGAUUACUCAGACUCUCACAAACAAGAGGAGUGGCAGGGUUACGCGGCCCUCACUGCGGCAGCUUAUGCGGAACAGCUGCUGUCCAUUACUCCUCCAAGUGACAGUCAGGGAAGAGCAGGACAAAGAAAUUACUCUAUUUAUGAAGAAGCGUGCCGGCAGAGUCUUUUCAUAAUCGACCCCGAGGAGGAGAAGAACCGGUUGAAGCGAGACAGAGGGAACCGCAUUCCUGGCACAUGCGUCUGGAUCGAACACACGGACGAAGUUCAGGCUUGGCUCGCGUCGUCUAACACCUGCUCUGAAGGAGUGAUGUGGUUCCAUGGUUACCCAGUAUUCCAGAAGGCUGUACAGCAAUUGCCAUACUACGAGGUCUUCUAA